UGUGAAGAGUUCACGGUGAAUGAAUUUAUUCCAUACACAGUGUGGAGUGGGACAGAUCAAAACAGACUCACACAGCAUUCAGCUAGAAAGAUGUCCGGUGCAAAGGUGCUGCAGUUCCUGCAGAAUAUUUCACGUAGAAAACCUCUGGAGCCUGAGGGUGAAGUGUCCAACUUUCGCCGGUGUCUGACUACCCUUGAUUUGGUGGCUCUUGGGGUCGGCAGCACACUGGGGGCCGGUGUGUAUGUGCUUUCAGGAGAAGUGGCCAGAGCUGUGGCCGGGCCUAGUAUCAUAUUCUCCUUCCUGAUAGCAGCAGUGGCCUCCAUCUUUGCAGGACUGUGUUAUGCUGAAUUUGGAGCUCGUGUUCCCAAAACUGGCUCUGCUUAUCUCUAUAGCUACGUGACUGUGGGUGAGAUAUGGGCUUUUGUCACGGGCUGGAACCUCCUGCUGUCUUAUGUCAUAGGGACAUCAAGUGUAGCCAGAGCCUGGAGUGGGACCUUUGAUGAUCUCAUUGGAAAUGUCAUUGCCAACUCUUUAGGCAAACAGGUUGCAAUGGAUUUACCUGGAUUGGCUCCCUAUCCAGACUUCUUUGCAGCAGGUAUCAUUAUGCUCUUGGCAGGGAUUCUUGCAUUUGGUGUUAAAGAAUCGGCCACUGUAAAUAAAGUUUUUACAGCAGUUAACAUCCUGGUGUUGCUCUUUGUUAUCCUCUCUGGGUUCAUAAAGGGGGAUAUCAACAACUGGUACAGAUAUGAAGACACCCUUCCAAACCAAUCCGAGAACUAUACGACCCUGAAUAAAACCACCACAUAUGGCAGUGGGGGAUUUUUCCCUUUUGGUUUUGAGGGGACAUUAGCAGGAGCAGCCACUUGCUUUUAUGCAUUUGUUGGAUUUGACUGCAUUGCAACAACAGGAGAGGAGGUUCAGAACCCUCAGAAGUCAAUCCCACUCGGGAUUGUGGCGUCUCUCCUUAUCUGCUUCUUGGCUUAUUUUGGUGUGUCUGCUACCCUGACUCUUUUGAUGCCAUACUAUUUGCUCAGCGUUCACAGCCCACUGCCUGUGGCCUUUACAUACAUCGGUUGGGGCCCUGCAAAGUAUGCAGUUGCUGUGGGAUCACUCUGUGCGCUCUCAACAAGCCUUCUAGGAUCAAUGUUCCCGAUGCCUCGUGUUCUCUUUGCCAUGGCCCGGGAUGGACUGCUCUUCAGACCUCUCAGUAACAUGAGUGACAGACAAAGUCCUGUCAUUGCUACACUGGCUUCAGGGGUUGUAGCAGCUAUCAUGGCUUUAUUGUUUGACCUGAAGUCGUUGGUUGACAUGAUGUCGAUUGGAACCCUGUUUGCCUACACACUUGUUGCCAUUUGCAUUCUCAUAUUAAGGUACAGAUCAUCACACGUAUUCUUUUUAGCAGUUGUUCUCAGCGUCUUCGUAUCUGAGGCUGUAGAUUACCUGCAAGCCCUGGAGUGGUGGAGCAUACUUUGUCUUUCUGUGAUAGUAGCAAUGAUUUUUCUAAUCAUCCUCAUCGUCUGGAGGCAACCGCAGAAUACAGCAGAAGCUGCUUUCAUGGUUCCUUUUGUCCCAUUACUUCCUAUUUUUAGUACCUUAGUCAAUGUCCAUCUAAUGGCUCAGCUUGGAUCAGACACUUGGAUCCGCUACACAGUGUGGAUGGGAGUAGGUUUGAUCAUCUACUUUUGUUAUGGUGUUCGCCACAGUGUGCAGAAACAAAGGCUUGAAAAUUCACACGAUCGAGUCAGUAUUCACAGCAUCGCUGCUGCUAUGGAACAAAGCACGAAACCUGGACAAGAUGUAACUGGAUAAAUACAUAGUGUAUUUAAUGACAUCAAUUUUAAAAAGAAUACCUGAUUUGCAUAAAUCUCACAAUGGUGAU